UUUUUUUUCUUUUUUUUUCUUUUUUUCUUUUUUUUUUUAAGAACAAACCAACAUCAUGACGAUACGCAAUAUAGAUAACGCUCGAGUUGACAUGGAUACCGAACGAAUUGAAAAACAUGUACAGCGGGCCAAAGAAAUCAUUGAAAAGGACACCAAGGAAGUCGGUAGUUUUUGGGUGAACAAGUACAAAAAGGAAGCCGCUAGAAACUGGGAUAUCUUUUACAAACGGCAUGCUACAAAGUUCUUCAAAGAUCGCCAUUGGACUGAAAGGGAAUUCAAAGAACUUGCUUGUCAAGAAGGGGAACAAGAUCAACAAAAGUUUUGUUUAGAAAUCGGUUGUGGGGUUGGCAACUUUGUAUUUCCUGUACUAGAAGAUAACAGCAAUUUAUUUAUAUAUGCCUGCGACUUUUCAAAGCGUGCUGUAGACAUGGUGAAGGAAAACGAAUUAUACGAUGAAAAACGAUGCAAGGCCUUUGUAUGUGAUAUCACUAGCGAUCCUUUAACCGACAAUGUACCUGAAAAUAGUUUAGAUCUUGUAUCGGCCAUCUUUGUAUUAUCUGCCAUCCCUCCAGAAAAGCUUCAUCUUGCUAUUCAAAACGUCUUCAAAGUAUUGAAACCGGGUGGACAGGUCUUACUUCGGGAUUAUGGAUUGUAUGAUGAAGCUCAAGUCAAAUUUAGUGCUACUUCUGACAAGAAACUGGACGAAAACCUCUAUGUGCGCCAAGAUGGAACUCUAAGCUAUUUCUUUUCAUUAGAAGAUCUUCAAUCAAGAUUUGAAGCUGAAGGAUUCAAGACAAUCAAGAAUGAAUAUGUAUACCGGGAAACAACAAAUCGAAAAUUGGAAAUGACAGUAGAUAGGAUUUUUGUACAAGCCAAAUUCCAAAAGCCAUAGAUAUAGAUAGUUGUAGUAUAUUUAAUAUUUAGCUUAGAAAACAUGAUCUCUCUCUGCAUAUGUAUAUUUGUAUUUUCUUUUUUCUUUUUUACUUUCUCUUUUAUUUGAUUAUUUUCAUUCGAUUCUUCUUCACAUUUAUAUCAUCAGUUUAUCAUGUACCAUUUAUCAUCAUCAUUUGUCUCAAUACACACACACAUA